CUGGCCUGUUUAGCUGCGACCGAUGCAGUGAGUGGUGUUCUGGCACAACCAUCGUUUAUUCUGUACAUGAUGUUGUUGUUACUCGGAGUGGGUGGUAAAAGCGCUGAAGACGCAGCUCAAAGUUUCCAUUAUUCUUCCAUACGCGCUGUGCUCGUCUGUUCAUCGCUUCAUCUGAUAUUGGUGACUUACCAGAGGGUAAUUGCGAUUAAAUUUACCAUGUACUACCCUGUCUUUGUUACAAGACAGAAACUCAAGAUAGCAGUGGGAAGCUUUUGGUUCCUUUCAGUUUUUUCCGAGGUAAUAAGACACGCCAUAGUUGUUCCUUUGUUAACAAACGUUAUAGCGGCCGUUGCUUUAAUUUGCUGUGUUGUUUUUGUUUCAAUUUCUUAUGUUUUGUUGUACCAAGAAACCCGCCGACAUCAAAGGAAAAUGAAAACUGAGCAAAUACCACAAGAAGACGUGGAACGAUUUGCCAAAGAGAACAAAGCCCUCCAGACAACUGUGUUCGUAGUAGGAUCUGUUCUGAUUUGUUUUUUCCCUGUGUUCAUAGUAUUUUUAUUAGUAUUUUUGUGGUCGGGUCGAGCGGUAGUUGGAGCAAGUUGGUUUUUUGUCUUGACACCAUUUGUUCGUACUUUCAGCAUGUUCAACUCCUUGCUCAAUCCACUAAUUUACUGUUUGCGACAAAGAGAAAUGAGAAAAUUCGUAUUAAGAUUUCCUAAAUCAAUACAAGUGGUACAACCCGCUGAGAAC